CAUCCUCACCUCAGUCCGCACCGAGGCCCCAUAUCUCUCCACCGCCGCAAGCUAGCUCCCUCCCUCUUUUUUAUUUUCUCAUUUUCACGAUUUAAAGAAAGAAGAGUUGGUAAAUUUAAUCAGCGGUCGAUGGGGAAGGACGUGGAGGCCGAGUUCACCGCGAAGGACUACACGGACCCGCCGCCGGCGCCGCUGAUCGAUGCGGAGGAGCUGGCCAAGUGGUCGCUUUACCGGGCGGUGAUCGCCGAGUUUAUCGCGACGCUGCUGUUCCUCUACAUCACUGUGGCGACGGUGAUAGGCUACAAGCACCAGUCGGACCCCAACGUGGGUGGCGCCGACGCGGCCUGCAGCGGUGUCGGGAUCCUCGGCAUCGCCUGGGCUUUCGGAGGGAUGAUUUUUAUCCUCGUCUACUGCACCGCCGGCAUCUCUGGCGGUCACAUAAACCCGGCGGUGACGUUCGGGCUGUUCCUGGCUCGCAAGGUCUCCCUGAUCCGGGCCCUUCUCUACAUGAUCGCCCAGUGCCUGGGAGCCAUCUGCGGCGUGGGCCUUGUAAAGAGCUUCCAGAAGGCCUACUACAACCGCUACGGCGGCGGUGCCAACGAGCUCAGCUCCGGCUACUCCAAGGGGACGGGACUCGCGGCGGAGAUCAUCGGCACCUUCGUCCUCGUUUACACCGUCUUCUCCGCCACCGACCCCAAGCGCAACGCCCGCGACUCCCACGUCCCGGUUUUGGCUCCACUCCCUAUCGGUUUUGCAGUGUUCAUGGUCCAUCUAGCCACAAUUCCUAUCACCGGGACUGGCAUUAACCCUGCCAGGAGCUUCGGAGCUGCUGUGAUCUAUAACGAGGAUAAGGCCUGGGAUCAUCAGUGGAUCUUCUGGGUGGGGCCUUUCAUUGGUGCCGCGAUUGCUGCAGCUUAUUACCAAUACGUCCUGAGAGCUAGUGCUGGGAAGCCUUUGGGAUCCUACCGUAGCGGCUGAUCUCUCUUCUUCUUGAACUGAAGAAGAACAGUUAUGGAGCAUAAAAUUGUAGAUAAAAGGCCUGCCUCUACUACUGGGGGUGUUGCUUUGUGCUGCUACAUUGUUCGCAACCAUUGGGAUUUCAUUUACCGGCGUGUACGAGUGCUUCUGGGUGUUGUCAUCUUCUAGCUAAUCGCUUCUCCCUCUUCCACUUCUCUUUGCAUCUGUAAUUAAAUUACUACGUAAGGCUAUGAAAUUUCUAUCCUUUGUCAUCCUUCCCUCCA